AUGGGAGAAGGCGGAGAAGAGAAGUCGUUCAAUUUCCUUGAAAUUUUGCUCGAGGGAAGCAUAGCUGGAGGUACCGCUGGUGUUGUUGUGGAAACAGCAUUGUACCCUAUUGAUACUAUAAAAACCAGGCUUCAGGCUGCUCGUGGUGGAAGCCGAAUUGAAUGGAAAGGCUUGUAUUCUGGAUUGGCUGGAAAUCUAGCUGGUGUCCUGCCGGCCUCUGCAAUAUUCGUCGGAGUGUAUGAGCCGACUAAAAGAAAACUACUGGAGACACUUCCUGAAAAUUUGAGUGCAGUUGCCCAUUUUACUGCAGGGGCCAUUGGUGGUAUUGCUGCUUCCCUUGUCCGUGUCCCUACAGAGGUGGUCAAACAAAGAAUGCAAACCGGUCAAUUCAAGUCUGCGCCUGAUGCUGUUCGUCUCAUUGUCGGUAAAGAAGGGUUUAAAGGACUGUAUGCUGGUUAUGGUUCCUUUCUACUUCGAGAUCUUCCAUUUGAUGCCAUUCAAUUCUGCAUUUACGAGCAGCUUCGAAUUGGUUACAAACUUGUGGCAAGGAGGGAGUUGAAUGAUCCAGAGAAUGCGCUUAUUGGUGCCUUUUCUGGCGCCAUCACUGGAGCUAUAACUACUCCCCUAGAUGUCAUGAAGACAAGAUUGAUGGUUCAGGGACAAGGGAACCAAUACACUGGAAUUGUAAGCUGUGCUCAGACAAUCCUCAGAGAGGAGGGCCCUAAGGCAUUCUUGAAGGGCAUUGAGCCGCGAGUGCUGUGGAUUGGCAUCGGUGGAUCCAUAUUUUUUGGUGUGCUGGAGAAAACCAAGUCGAUUCUAGCCGAGAGGAGGAAACGCAAGCUACGGGCCGUCAAGGACGAAUGA